AGUAAGAAAAGUCAUGGAAGGAAAGUUCCUGUUGCUCUGGAGUUCAAUCAAGACGAUCAGGCUGAAGCCGAGCAAUACAUUUGCACGUAUGAAGGAUGUGGAAAGUGCUUCAUUCGAUGCACUCAUCUGAAGAGACAUGUGAAGAGUCUGCAUUUAGACGAGAAGCCUCCUAAAUGUCCACACGAAGACUGCAAGAAGUCUUUCGGCAGGAAAGACAAUCUGAAAAAGCAUAUGGGUAGCUUCCAUUGA